GCUCAACCUUAGACUUAUUCUGCCAGCUAAAAGAACCUAUCAAACAAAAACAGGAAAGGAAAACGAUGACAUCCUCACCAUCAGCGCCGACCAUUAUCCGCACCCUGGAUGCAUCCAUAACCACGUUUUCAAGGCCAUUUUCCAGGUUUAGUGUAUUCCCCGUAGGCAUCCGUAUGUCUGCUGUUCGCCUGGGGAACGGCGAUCUUUUUCUGCUCUCACCCACGCCACUCGACGCUCCGACAACGGAAAAGCUGGAGCAACUUGGACGAGUCAAAUACCUAGUGUGUCCUAAUGUGGUCCAUCACCUUUAUGUUGGGGAAUACAAAAAAAGAUGGCCAGAGGCCAAGAUCAUUGGGGUCCCUGGACUGAGAGAAAAGAGGAAUGAUUUGGAAUUUGAUGGGAUUAUGGGAGAGAAGGGAAGCGAGAACAAACUGUACGGGUUCGAAAAUGAAAUCGAACAUCGACAUUUCGCUGGAUCUGGAAAUCAAGAUACCUUGUAUCUCCAUCGUCCAACCAAUACACUCCUCACGGCAGACCUUCUCUUCAAUAUGCCGCCUACCGAUCAAUAUCCACCAGGGCAUUCCUUCAACGUUGUUUUGCGCGCUAUUUACUCGAAGCUGAAGCCUAACAGCGGGAUGCAUCGAUUCUUUUCUCGAUACAUGAAUACCAGCAAUGCCGCGGAAAUGCGGAAGGAUGUAAAAUACGUAGCGGAGAACUGGCGGUUUGGGAGGAUAAUACCAUGUCAUGGUGGCAUCAUUGAGGAGGGAGGGGAGCAAGCUUUUCGAGAAGCGUUCGCAUGGUUUUUGUAAGAUAUUAACCAGGAAUAUAAACAAAUGUCUGUCACGUGCCUA